GCAUCGGAAAAACCUCGUUGGUGCUGAAGGUGGCGAAGCGCUUACCGCAGCAUCUAGUAGCGGGGUUCUACACGGUUGAGGCGAAGGCGGAGGGCACGGGGGAACGACUCGGCCUGGAUGUUAUCACUUUCGCAGGCGAGCGCGCGCCACUUUGCAGAUUACGAAGAGGCUGCGGGCCCAAGAUCGGCAAGUACUACGUGGCAAUAGAUGAGUUCGAGCGGGUAGUGCUGCCACACCUCAUGCCGUCAGACACCACACGACUGCACAUUGUGGAUGAGAUCGGGCGUAUGGAGCUCUGCAGUGACAAGUUCAGAGACGCCGUGCUCAACCUGCUCGCCUCUCCCGUUGCUGUGUUUGGUGCCCUGCCAGCCCCUCGUUAUGGUCACACUUUGGAGCUAGUGGAGGAAAUCAAACAACGCGCCGACACAGCUGUGCUCACACUCACCAAGGCAAACAGGGACGCCACAGCAGUGCAGAUAGAAGAGCUUCUCACACGGCUGAUCCAGGAAGGAGAAAAAGGGGCGGGGGGGGCGCUGGGGGAAGAGGGGGAUGGGGACGGGGGAGUGGGCGGAGCAGGGGGGUUGGGGGGAGACGGUGGGGGGAAUGAGGGCGAGGGGGAGAGCAAUAUCGGGGUGGGUGGGGGGAGUCUAGGGUACGGAGGGGUGAGGGGAGGGGGAGCUGGUGCGGGGAAUGCCGUUACGGCAGCAGCAGCAGGUUUGGGGACCGGAGCUGCAGGUCCGGCGUUGAUAAGCGGAGGUUCGGGAGCGGGGAUGAAUCAUGUGCUAGCCGCGGUGCAAGCCCAUGUGGCCAAUGCGGACCUCUUUGAUGGGUCGCAUACUGUUCAUGGGUAG